CAUGGAGCAAUAGAACGGAAGCGAGAUAGAUGCCGCGUUCAUAUGCUAGUCGGAACUAGGAAACUCGGAAAUGUCCGACUUGCUAUUUCGUUGAACGCGGCACGUGUAUAACUACAACCAGAUACAAGUCGGACAUUUCCACGUUUCUAGUUCCGACUAGCAUGUGAACGCGGCAUAAUAGCCAAUCCGCCAUUGUGGAAUAGAGUAAGGGAUAUUUCAAUCUGGCAUUAGGCAGUUUCAGAGUAAGUGAUACAUUGUAGCCGAACGUCAACUAGAUCAGAAACAUUUAAUACCACAGACAGAUACAAAGUCGCGAUCCUCGGCGCUCGAGAAAAGAUUGUAGGGACGACUGGAAAAAAACACCGCCUCUACAUACAGAGAUUGGAUAACCCGAGACGAGCUGAGAAAAAUACCGGAGUGCAGAAGCAGGAGAAACCGUGGACAGUCGCAAACAGAAAUCCGUUUCGGCUCCUGGAGGAUGUCUGCAACCACAGUCGAUCAGAGACCCAAAGGACAAGGAAAUAAAGUACAAAACGGAUCAAUGCAUCAGAAGGAUGGAGUAAACGAUGAAGACUUUGAACCUUACCUAAGCAGCCAGACAAAUCAGAAUAACAGCUACCCACCAAUGUCCGACCCCUACAUACCCAGCUACUAUGCUCCCUCCAUAGGCUUCCCUUACUCCCUGGGAGAGGCGCCCUGGUCCACCGCGGGGGAUCCCCCCAUGCCCUACCUGACCACCUAUGGACAGAUGAGCAACGGCGAGCACCACUUUAUCCCCGACGGAGUGUUCAGCCAGCCGGGCGCCCUGGGCAACACCCCUCCCUUCCUCAGCCAGCAUGGCUUCAACUUCUUCCCUGGAAACGCAGACUAUUCCACCUGGGGCACUAGUGUCUCUCAGGGCCAGUCCACACAGAGCAAUGCCUAUAGUAAUAGUUAUGGUUACACCCCUAGUUCCCUGGGGAGGGCUAUAGCUGACGGACAGGCGGGCUUCAGCAGUGACGCCCAGCUCAGUAAGGUCCCGGUGCUGAGCAGCAUCGAGCAGGGCAUGACUGGGUUAAAACUGGGAACGGACAUGGGCGCCGCCGUCACCAAGACUGUCGGCUCUCCUCUCGGGGGCAUGAGUAGCAUGGCGGCCAAUAGCAUGCCACCGUUGGUUAGUUCCUCAGCCCCCAAACCCACGUCCUGGGCGGCCAUCGCCAGGAAGCCGGCCAAGCCCCAGCCCAAGGUCAAGCCCAAAGCCAACAUGGGGAUGGGGGGCCCUGCCAUUCCCCCGCCGCCCAUCAAGCACAACAUGAACAUUGGCACCUGGGACGAUAAGGGCUCCCUCAACAAGCCCCCCUUAGCUCAGACCAUGAUGCCCCCUCAGACCAUGGUGCAGCAGACCCUGAUGGGCCAGCCCCUGCUGCAGAGCCCUCUGCCCCACCAACAUCAGCCCCAACAUCAGCCCCAGCACCAACACCAGCAGCACCACCAACCCUUUCAGCUGCAGUCGCUCCAGUCCCCCCAACACCCCCAGCAGAUCCCCCCAGGCCCCCCUCACCCCCACCAACACCCCCACCAGAACUUUUCCUCCCAGCCCGGCCCCCCUCAACCCAUGCAUCAACACCAACACUCCCAGCUCCCACCCCAGAACCGCUGGGUGGCUCCUCGGAACAGGGGCACCUUCAACCAGGGAGGGGCGGAAGGCUUUGGGAUGGGUGUUGGUGGGGUUCCCCUCAGUGCCUCUCCCUGCUCCGGGGAGGUGCACCCCGUGUUAGAGAAACUGCGGUCCCUCAACAACUACAACCCCAAAGACUUUGACUGGAACCUGAAGAACGGCCGUGUGUUCAUCAUCAAGAGCUACUCUGAGGACGACAUCCACCGCUCCAUCAAGUACUCUAUCUGGUGCAGCACCGAGCACGGCAACAAGCGCCUGGACGGGGCCUACCGCUCGCUGGGGGCCAAGGGGCCCCUCUACCUGCUGUUCAGCGUCAACGGCAGUGGUCAUUUCUGCGGCGUGGCAGAGAUGCGCUCGCCCGUGGAUUACAACUCCUACGCAGGCGUCUGGUCUCAGGACAAGUGGAAGGGCAAGUUUGAGGUGAAGUGGGCGUUUGUGAAGGACGUGCCCAACAACCAGCUGAGGCACAUCAGGCUGGAGAACAAUGACAACAAGCCCGUCACCAACUCCAGGGACACUCAGGAGGUGCCUCUGGAGAAGGCAAAGCAAGUGCUUAAAAUUAUCGCAACUUUCAAGCAUACCACCUCAAUCUUUGAUGACUUUGCACAUUAUGAGAACCGCCAGGAGGAGGAAGAGGCCCUGCGGAGGGAGCGGAAUAGAAAUCAACAGUAACCAUACAGAGAACUCCCUGCUAGAAAGCAAACACUAAUGACAUAGGACCUUAAAUAAUUAGCCUAACCACACGGAAACUAAGGGUUUUGCCAUCUUUUCUGCUGAAGACAACAACAACAACAAGACGACGACGACGUGGUAUCUCGUGACUUGAACACGACGACGGACUCGCCUGUAUCAGUUCUCUGGUGAUGUACCCCAGUGUUCCUGUCUGGGGAAAAAAGGAAAGAACAUUACUCACUUUAAACUCUCUUCUAAAACAGCCUCUACCAAUACCCUGAACUCUAAUAACUCUCUUAAAGCACUUUCAGUCCUUCUAAAACAUCCUCUACCAAUACCCUUAACUCUCCAAUAACUCUCUUAUAUCUCUUUCUCUCUGGACUUCUGUUUGUUAUAACUAACUGACUAACCAGUGUAGUUGCUUUUUCUGAGGCUUUCACCAGAGUUAUUUGUUGUUUUUUGUUAAGUUUUUAAUACCUCCCAAAUUUUGGGGAAGAAAAAUAUAGUUCCCCUCCCCCCAUGAACUUCAUCGCCUUCAGACGAGAUUAAAAAGGGUAUAACGCGUAACAAAAUCAUUUACUUGAAUCUGCACUCGGCUUGUGAUUGAUUGACAGGUGAGAGAAAUGACAGGACACGCCCAAAAUAAUGCCAAUCAUUAGACGAACCCGGCCCUUACUCCCGCCCCUUUAUUUCUGCAUCUGUUUCUGUGUACCAAAAGAUGAGAUGGAUGAUGUAGUGAGCUGGGUGAAUGCCAGUUAAUGCACAUGUUUGUUUAAUUUCUCAUGAUUAUUAUGUAACUCUGAAGUGCAUUUGUCUGAGGAGAAAUCUGCUCUGCGGUAACAGUCGCCUUGGUAGCUGUCGCCUUGGUAGCUGUCGGUAACUUGUCUUUUAUUCUGUUGUUAAUGUACUGUACCGUACCUCAGGCUAAAGCUGGGGCCUGUUCAGGAGGCUUCAACGUUACACAACAUUCAGAUAGCAAAUGUGUUGUGUAGAGUAGAUAGGAUUCUCUGUUAUGUUGGGAAUCAGGGAAUCUUGUCAGCUCUAUACAUUCUGUUUCCAUCUGCAACGUUGUGUAGUGUUUCACCUUACUGAGAGGCCCCAGGCUCUCUGUCUCUGAAGAACUCUCUAACGCUUUUGGGAUGACCCUCCUCCCCUGGCGUUCCUGGCUCCAGGUAGAAGUUACCAUUAACCACAGGUCUGGGAUCAGAUACUUUACCCCACACCCAAACCUAAACCAUUGGGGGGAUGAAAGAUAUAUCUGAUCAUAGAUCAUUGGUUAGGAGUGACUUCAGCCUGCUGCCCAUUGCUGCUUGGUGUAACAGAGGGGUUUCCUAAAAGCUGAACAUCACCAAGGAAGUGAGCAUUUUCUCCUCAAGGUGUCUCGCUAGCGAAAAUAAACAUUACCCAUGUUUAGCGAAACAAACGCUUCUGAGUUGUUACUUCCCGGGAAUUGAACAUAACAUAACAUUGUGCUUGGAGCUCUGCUAAAUGGGUACACACUGGAAGUUAGACCUGAGACACAGUUGAGACUCACCUUCUCUUGUUCAAAACUGACCCCAAAUCAAGUGAAAUGCAUGAAGGGUUACAGCACUAGUACCCACUGUGUCAUCCAUUUGUUGUUUCUGCACAUGAUCCUGUAAUAUAACAGAUUUUAGUGCUAUCUGGUAUCCUUGGGACGACCCUAGCCUAAAUCCCUAACCGUAACCCUUACCUAACCUUAACACUUACCUAACCUCAACCCUUACCUAACCUUAACCCUUACCUAACCUUAACCCUUACCUAACCUUAACCCUUACCGUAGCCAUUUUACAUUUCAACUUCAAUGGGGCAACGUCAGAGUUGCACGUCCCAAGGAUCCACUUAAGACUUUUCCCAGCUUUUAACUUUCACCAAUAUAAAAUGCCCACAAUUGACACGUCAUAAGCUGUGUCCCAAUAGCAUGGCUUCUUCCACUCUCCUUCAUCAUGACUGAUACUGCAGGCGACAGGACUUGACGUCAUUAUUCGCUGUUCCUGAAUAUGACUAAUUAUAUUUCAAAAGCAAGUCCUUGCGGAUCAGUAUAGUCCUGAAGGUCAGGAGACAAGGGAAGGGAAGUGCAGUAUUUUAGUCUAUGACUAUGCAAGAUAACAGCCCUCCUAUUCUACUUAAAGCCAUGCUCUGCUCUGUGUGUCUGUCUGAUGACAUCUGUAAGUAAUAGACUGUAAUUUCACACCAAGGCAUUUCCUGUUUCUGCACUAUAAAGGCUCUUUUCCAUUGA